GCCCGCAGCGAACAUUUCAGUCAUGCCAACAUUCAAAAUUUCGGAAGCUGCACUAAACUGGAGCGCCUUUCCAGUCUGGAUUCUGAUCAUUACUGCAGCUGGGGGCAUAACAAAUUGCAUAGUUUUGCUAGCGUUUCUAAGGGCGAAUUCGAGUUACACACCGUUCAACAUCUAUCUCAUCAACCUGAUACUGGCGAACUUGUUGCGUUUACUAGCAGUUGGACCGCUGGACGUCGCGAUCACCUUGUUCGAUAGAUGGCCGUUCGGGUACGCCGCCUGUACUUACUAUGUGUAUAUGGAAUACGUCAUCAGCUCUGCGAUUACGCACAGCCACAUGCUCAUCACCGUCAACCGCAUUUGGGCCGUAACCUUUCCGGUCAGCUACCGAAGCCACCACACGAAGGCGGUGGCUUUCGCCAUCUGCCUGGCCACUUGGAUAUACAUUAACGCUCUCCUGCUGCCGGAACUGAUUCGCGAUGCGAUGUAUUACCGUUUCCUUCUGGAUAUUCCUUACUGUUUAGUGAACUCCAGUCAAAGCCGCACACAGUGGCAGUUGCUAACAUUUACGGAAUUCUGGUUUUACACAUUGCCACAAGUUGCAAUUUUCUUUGGUUUUCCGUAUAUUUUGCUGAAGCGAAGACGGCGAAGGCAAGUCAGAGCAGCGCAAAGAGAAAAUGACCUUGCCUUAGUGAAUCCAUCUGCAGCGGCCGGCGGCAACCAAACCGUCCGCCGGCGAUCGGGCGGCUACAAAGUUCUCACCAUACUUACCAUCACGGCAGGUAUCUGCUGGCUGCCUAAUACGGUUUAUUUAAAGCUCGGUUUACUAUACAGAUACAGCAACACGGUUUUCAACCAGAUUGGUGCUACCAUGAUGCUCCUGCAAGCGACACUGGAUCCAAUCUAUAUUACCGCCGGUUUGGAAGAUAUCCAGACGACACUCCGAGGGAUGCUUCGUUGCACAGCUUCACAGAAUUAA